AUGAGUGAUACUGAAAGUGAUUUUGAAUAUGAAGAUGAUGAUGAUUCAACAACAUUCUCUAGCGAUCUGACGGAUAUUGCCAAUGAAUUCUUGAUCUACGCUGCUGCAUCUGCAUGCGAUCUCUCACCAUCAGAUGUAAAUUAUUCUAUUGAUGGAGUUGACUUUAAUGUUGAAUUAGAUGGUGUUGUUAUAAAUACACCAUUGGGAAAUUUAAAACUUGAACCCACAUCGUCAUGUUUAGAAAAUGUAAAUAAUAUUGCAAAAGAAUGCUUGACCGAAGCUGCUACAUCUGCACUCAGUCUAUCAUCACCACAUAUAAAUUAUUCUAUUGGUGAGGUUGAUUUUAACGCCAGUUUAGAUGGAGUUAAUGUAAAUACACCAUUGGGAAAUUUUAAACUGGAUCCAAAAUUAUCAUUUACUGAAAAUUUUACAGGUGCUGUAACAGAACUCUUGGAUGAUAGUAUUAAUGAAGAAAUCGAUCAAUUUUGUUCUGAUUUCAAUAAUGCUGCACAUAUAAAGACAGAUGGUUCACUGUAUUCUGAUGGUACAAAUUCCUUUUUAGCAUGUCAAGUUGAUGCAGAUGCAACCAUUGAAAAUGAUGGUCUUCAAGCGAACGCUCAUGCAGAUGGAUCUCUUUCUAAACAUAAAUUAGGAGAUACUGAUAUUGAUGUUGGUCAAGGACACGUCUAUGCAAAGGCAUUCAUUGGAGCAGAUGGAAUGAAUGCUGUUAUUGGUGCAGAAUUAAACACUAUAUCUUUAAAGAAUGAAUAUGUUGAAGCAAAUAUUGGAUUGAGUACUAAAACUGGAGUCGACUUAUCAACAGCUAAUGUUAGUGCAUCUGUUCUUGGACUUGGAUUAAAUGCUGGAACAAAUAGAGUGGGUGUCGAUACACCUAUUGGAAGUUUUAACUUGAAAUUUUAG